AAGUUGAAUCUUAAACUCUCGUAAUUUGGAACGCCACUUUAUUUACAUUUUUCACAGUGAAGAAUAAUACGGGAAAAAUCAGUAAAAAACAUGGCAGCAGGCAUACCAAAAUCCCAAAUUUUAUCGCUUUACAAAGCACUUAUGAAAGAAACUAAUAAAUUUAAAAAUUACAACUUCAGAUGCUAUGCUUUAAGGAGAGUAAGAGAUGCUUUCCAGGCAAACAAAUCAUUAUCAGACCCAAAAUUAAUUAAGAAAGAAUUUCAAUACGGUAAACAGAAUCUAGAAAUUAUCAAACGUCAGGUGGUAAUCGGUGACAUGUACAGAACUGAGAAACUUGUAAUUGAGAAUAUACAUUAGACAUCAAUGGUACGAGAUAGAAGACCCUACGAAUUGAAUUACAUUACAUCUCAUUAGUACUGUGAUAGUGACCAGAUAUUAUAUAACAACAUUGUUGUAAUAAAGAACAAACAUAUUUGCAGUUACUCCGCUUAACAA